AUGGCUUCUGAAAAUGCUAACCAAGACUGUAAAAAUGAAUUGAAAACGGUCUACACUGAGCCUGAAACUACCAUGGACUUGUGUGGAUUCUUGCACAUUGUGUCUGCCCUGUACACCAUCACAAGUUGGCUUCAAGGCCUUCAGAAUCCGAUCCCUCAGUUCUGUCUCAGCCCCCGCGGGUCACUGGGCCCAAGCCCAGGCGUGGUGCUAUACCUGUGCCCCGAGGCACAGUGUGGGCAAACCUUCGCCAAGAAGCACCAGCUGAAGGUGCACCUGCUGACACACAGCAGCAGCCAGGGCCAACGGCCCUUCAAGUGCCCUUUGGGCGGCUGUGGCUGGACCUUCACCACCUCGUACAAGCUCAAAAGACAUCUGCAGUCUCACGACAAACUGCGGCCCUUUGGCUGCCCUGCGGAAGGCUGUGGCAAGAGCUUCACCACCGUAUACAACCUCAAGGCACACAUGAAGGGCCAUGAGCAGGAGAACUCUUUCAAAUGCGAAGUGUGUGAGGAGAGCUUCCCCACACAGGCCAAGCUCAGUGCCCAUCAGCGUAGCCACUUCGAGCCCGAGAGGCCCUACCAGUGUGCGUUUUCCGGCUGCAAGAAGACAUUCAUUACAGUGAGUGCCCUGUUUUCCCAUAACCGUGCCCAUUUCAGGGAACAGGAACUCUUUUCCUGCUCUUUUCCUGGCUGCAGCAAACAGUAUGACAAGGCUUGUAGGCUGAAAAUUCACCUGCGGAGCCACACGGGUGAGAGACCUUUCCUUUGUGACUUUGAUGGCUGUGGCUGGAACUUCACCAGCAUGUCUAAACUCUUAAGGCACAAAAGGAAGCACGACGAUGACCGGAGGUUCACGUGCCCCGUGGAAGGCUGUGGGAAAUCUUUCACGAGAGCCGAGCAUCUGAAAGGCCACAGCAUAACCCACUUGGGCACAAAACCUUUCGUGUGUCCUGUAGAAGGCUGUUGUGCCAGGUUCUCCGCUCGAAGUAGUCUCUACAUUCACUCCAAGAAACACCUGCAAGAUGUGGACACUUGGAAAAGCCGUUGUCCGGUCUCCACCUGUAAUAAGCUCUUCACCUCCAAGCACAGCAUGAAGACCCACAUGGCCAAAAGGCACAACCUUGGCCAGGAUCUCUUAGCUCAGCUAGAAGCCACAGAUUCUCUUACACCCAGCAAUGAACUUACCAGCCAGGGACAGAAUGAUCUCAGUGAUGCCGAGAUAGUGUCUCUCUUCUCUGAUGUGCCUGGCAAUAGUUCUGCUGCAGUGUUGGACACAGCAUUAGUGAACUCUGGGAUCUUGACCAUCGAUGUGGCUUCUGUAAGCUCAUCUCUGGCAGGGACCCUCCCUGCUAGUAAUAAUAAUUCCUUAGGGCAGGCUGUGGACCCCCGGGCCUUGAUGGCCACCAGUGACCUUCCUCAAAGUCUGGAUACCUCUCUCUUUUUUGGAACAACGGCAGCCAGUUUUCAGCAGAACACCUUAGAUACGGAUGAUGUCUCAGGUGCAGCUGCCGGGCCCUUGGGAUCUCUGGGUUCUGUGGCUAUGAAAAGCUCCAGUCCUGAGCCCCAAGCUUUGACACCCAGCAGUAAGUUAACAGUGGACACAGAAGCUCUGACUCCUUCCAGCACCCUUUGUGAAAACAGUGUCUCAGAACUACCGACACCAACCAAAGCAGAUUGGAAUGUACAUCCUGACUCUGACUUCUUCAGACGGGAGGGACAAACCCAGUUUGGAUUCUCCAAUCCAACAGGAAACCAUGGUUCUCAGAAAGAAAGAGAUCUUACCACAGUGACUGGCAGCUCAUUUCUGGUAUGAAACAACUGUAUUCAUUCCUCGCUGUGUGGCUUAAUUUUAGUACAUACACUCAGUUCUGAGGGUGUUCUGGAUUAAAUGUUUAAAUACUGUCAUGUUCUUUUGGAUUUGCAAUAGAACACAGCCCUGGACUACUAGUUUGGGGAUUUAAAUUCUGAUCUUUAGUCUGGAACUGACAAGCUCUGUGGUCCUGAGCAAACCACUUAACCUAUCUGAGCCUUAAUUUACUUAUUUAUUUGUCAUGUUGCUUGAAUAAACUGUAAGGCAUUUUCUAUUCUGUCUUUUCAUGUUUCUGUGCUUUCUCUGUAAAAAAAAAAUGAUGUAUUUCAAUGAUCAUUUGCUUCAUGUGCUUCUGUUGUAAUGAAAAGGCCUCUCAGCCCUUUGAGCAUUAAAUGUUCAUAGAUUUAGAAACUGUUUUUAAUUAACUUUUAAAAUGUAAUAGAACUUGUACACAUUGCCAAAACCUAGUGUUGGAUCUCAAAAGAAAAAAAAAAAAAACUAAACUACAUUUUUUUUACCAUUGCAGCCUUUAUAUUCCUUCCUGCCUCACACCCACAAACACACCUUUUUUUUUCUGGUUCACAGAAUUUGUUGUGGAAAAUUUCAUGUCUUUUACACCAUGCUGACCCAGUCUGAAACAAUGGCUUUGUGGUUUGAAUAUGUGGCCUUACUAAUUUAUUUAGUCUUAUUAGGUAUUGGUUCAUAGGUGUAAGACAGUUGUGAUAAUGUAUACAUAUUGGUGUAUCUUAUACUCCUUUUUCUGUUUCAAAAGUUAGUAAUGAAGUAAAAAUAUAUACUUUCGAAUUUUUCGACGAAUCUGCUUUAUUUCACUACUCUAGUUCCCUCUUCAAUGGGCAAUAAAUUAUCAUAAUAUAAUACCACUUUUAUGCAGGCACUAAAGGUUUAUGAGGGUCAAGAUGCAGAGAUGGGAAUUUAUUUCUUCCAUGGAUAAAAAAAGGAUUUUUCUUCACACAUUUCUUAUGUGACAUUGUCUACAUGUUCGUUAGAUGCUAGUGUCUUUGUUGUCUAUUCAGAGCAAGCCUAUGAAAUGAAUUUAGAGUCUACUGUUCUAAUGAAAUCUGGGAAUGGAUCAAAAUGAUAUUUCUCCCCUGUAUCAUUUGGAAAUAUAAUUGAUGACCCAUGCCUGCAUUUUUGUAGAUACCAUCUAUCUUAUAUGAUUAUAACAUUUUACAGUUAUGUAUCACUUUUAAAACUUUUUAUUUGAUCAACACAGUCCAAUGAGUUGUUGUGGUAAUGUAUAAACUACAACAUAUAUUAAAAUAUUCAUCUAACUUGUGGCCAUUAUUGUGGCCUAGGGGUUUAAGCCACUGCCUGCACCGACAGUAUCCCAUAUGGGCACCCAUUUGAGUCCCAUCUGCUCUACUUCCAAUCCAGUUCCUGGCUAAUGUGCUUGGGAAAGCAGCAGAGGGUGGCUCAAUUGAUUGGGCACCUGCACCCAUGUGGGAGACUUGGAAGAAGUUCUUGGCUCCUGACUUAUGCCUGGCCCAGCUCUGGCAAUUAUGACCAUUUGGAGAUCGAGCUAACAGAUAGAUUGCAUGUGAACUGAGAAGUUACUUAGUGGAUUCAAAUGGCUGCUUGUUUAGUUAUAAAUCAGAUGAUAAUGAGUGUUUUAGGUGGGUUUUUAGUGAGAGUACUACUUUUGUGAAAAUUUUCACCAUAUGGUUCUGCUAGCAAACAUUAUUAGUUGAUUUGAAACAUUUUCAGCCAGUUCUGUUUACAUGUGGAUGCUUGAAGAUGACAAGUAGAGCAGUUUGGUAAGACAUUUUGUAAUUUUUUAUCUUGAAAUGCACUUAUAGUCUCUUCAUAAUUUUUAAAUUGGUUGUACUUAUUGAAAAAGCAAAAAUAUGCAUAAAUUUGUGAUAAAAUAAUCAGAUUUGUAUUAUAUUAAACCAUUCAAAAGUUCCCUCUCAGUAUUUGGAAAGAUGUCAAACCCAUUUUAGAAAAAUAUGUUGUCCUUUGAUAGCUUUUCUUUUUUUCAAAGGAUUUAUUUUAUUUAUUUGAAAGACAGAGUUACAUAGAAAGGUAGAGCCAGAGAGAGAGAGGUCUUCCAUCCACUGGUUCACUCCUUAAAUGACCACAAUGGCCAGAGCUGAGCUGACCUGAAUCCAGGAGCUAGGAGUUGCUUCUGGAUCUCGCAUACUGGUGCAGGGGCCCAAAGACUUGGCCAUCUUCUACUGCUUUCCCAGGCUAUAGCAAAGAGCUUGAUUGGAAGUGGAGCAGCCAGGACUCGAACCAGCGCCCAAAAGUGAUGCCGGUUCUGCAGGCCGGGGCUUUAACUCACUGCGCCAUAGCACAGGUCCCAUUCAUAACUGUUCUUAAAAAGAUUACCCUAUUACUCUAGGUAGGAAUGUAGGGAGCGCUAGUUAUCCAACAAGUCAUUGGUCUCACUAAGAGAAAAAACCACAUACAUAUUUUAAAACUUUAUUACUUUUUUAAUGCCUCAUACCAAUUUCCUCCCAUUAAAAUGAUCUUAAUCUAUAUUUUUGUUAUAAUAUCUGGAAUUUUUAAAAAAGAUUUAUUUAGUUGCAAGUCAGAAUUACACAGAGGGUGGGGCAGCAGAGAGAGAGAGAGAGAGUCUUCCAUCCAAUGGUUCACUCCUCAAUUGGCCACAUCGGCCGGAGCAGCGCCGAUCUGAAGCCAGGAGCCAGGAGCUUCUUCCGGGUCUCCCACGUGGGUGCAGGGGCCCAAGGACUUGGGCCAUCGUCUACUACUUUCCCAGGCCAUAGCAGAGAGCUGUAUUGGAAGUGGAGCAGCUGGAUCUCGAACCGGCGCCCAUAUGGGAUGCCAGCACUUCAGGUCAGGGCAUUAACCCACACUGAGCCACAGUGCCAGCCCCAAGGGAUAAAUUUUAUUUUAAUUGAAGAUAAAAGUCUUGUGAUUGGAUUUACAGUGUUUUUUAAUUGAUGGUUUUCAAAAGAUAUGUUCCAUAUUUUUUCAUAGCUUAUUGGUAGAAAUUAUAUGGAAUUACAGUCAAAAGUUUGUGAAUAUAAGGUUACAUUUCUGUUGAAGUUGGUAUGGAUUUGCCUUUUGUAAAACAAUGAGGUACUAUUUAAUUCUGUCUCAUUUGCUCUUUGUGGUCUUCAGCCUCUGAUUUAUUAAAAUCUUGCCAAUUGAAAACACAAUAAAAAUGUCUGGCAGGAAGGCUUGAAUCCAGGGGACCCAGUGGAAGAUAUUUAUUGUGAGGUAAAAUGUAUAAAAUAAAAAUGUUGACAUUUCUAUCAGUUA